CAGCUGGAUUUGUGCCGGCAGCCUGAGAGUCGCUGCCGGAGCCAGUCAUCCCUCUCUCAGGGUCGGCCACCCCGGCUUACAGCCGCGCGCUUGUUUUCGCCCUGUUUGGCGAUGAUGUGGAGGCGCAGCGACGUUUGGGGCGGUGCGAGCGGCUGGUGAGCGACUGGCGAGCGACAGGUGAGCGACGGGCGACCGGACAGAAACUCAGGGACGGCGUCGGAGGAACUGUUGCACCAAAUCCUGCAAAGAUGUCCCUGCUGUGCGUCAGAGUAAAGAAAGCCAAACUCCAUGGGCCUCCAGACAAGUUCAACGCCUACGUGACCCUGAAGGUGCAGAACGUGAAGAGCACGACCAUCACGGUGCGUGGAGACCAGCCCUGCUGGGAGCAGGACUUCAUGUUCGAGAUCAACCAUCUGGAUUCAGGUCUGGUGGUGGAGCUAUGGAACAAAGGUCUGAUCUGGGACACGAUGAUCGGCACGGCGCUGAUACCGCUGGACUCCAUUCAGCAGUCCGACGAGGAGGGACCAGGCGAGUGGACGUAUCUGGACUCCGAUGUGUUAAUGAAGGAGGACCAGAUCUGUGGUACCGCCAACCCAACGCCACACCAGGUCCUGCUGGACAACCGCUUCGAGUUGCCCUUUGAUAUCCCGGAGAAUGAGGCUGAGUACUGGACCAGUAAGUUGGAGCGGAUCAACACCAUGCAGUUUCACGAUGAGUAUCCGCCACAGGAUGAAGUCCACAGAAGAAACAUGGCCUCUGUGCCCUCCCAGUGCUCUGUUGAUGAUCGUGAUAGCGUGAUGGACGAGCCUGACGGUGACUACCGGAGCGAACCUGGCAACCGACCGCCGCGGUACCACAACACUCCUCAGACCAACUCGUCAGUCCACCAGUACCCCAUCGGCCGCAGGCUCCACCAUCAGAGCCCGUCCAGAGAGUCCGACUCUGUGCAGAGCUAUGAGCUCGAUUACAGAGAAAUGAGGGGGCACAGGCGAUCAAACAGUGAAGGUGUUAGAAUAAUCCCCGUGGACUCAGGUAUGGGUGUGGACGAUUGGGAGAGUAAAUAUAAAGUGCCUGACGCGGGUGUGUUGGAUGACUAUUUGGAUGCUGAGCAGAAAAUGUGGGAGGAUGAAGACAAAAGCAUCAUCUACCGGAUCAGCGACAGCCGCGAGUCUAAAGGCAGUCGGUUCUAUCAGACGGUUGAAUGUGACGCGCUGUCGCCUGAGGACACGCUGGAAGUGAGCGGCGGGACCCGCAAACAGAGGCGCGGCUUCAGCAGCGGAGAAGUACGCCUAGUUUACAAGCAAGCCGGCAGCUUCGAGGAUGAGUCUUCCCCUCCUGAAAUUGAUAUAAUCCCAUCUGUCAAGCAGCUGCGACAGCAGACAGACACAGAAAACCUCCUUUACAAAACGAGACUGUGGGCCAAAACUGCUUUAGAGAACACGCUGGAGAACUAUGCAGCCUUUCGCGAGGAGGAGGCUGCUUUGGAGGAGGCUGCUUGGGAGGAGGCUUCAAAGAUCAGGGCCCGGACCGAAUAUAACUCUGUCGGAUCCGAUGAGAUGCAGUACUCGUUUGGUUCUGAGGAGGAACUAGACGAUCUGACGUUCACCGAGGGAGACGCCAGCCACGAGUACGAAAGCUGCUACUAUGACAAGUAUACGGGCUCUUUUGGAGGACAAGGCUUUUCACGCAGAGCGAGAAUAGGCUACGACCCAAUGUUGUCCCCUGAAGACGAACCCACAGAGGAAUAUAUAGAUCCAAUGGGAGAACUGCGGAGUUUAGUUGACUCUGUGUCUGAAUACCUGGCUGUAAAAGAAGAGGAGAUCAACAGCUAUGAAUCGAUGCCCAAGGCACCUCGAAGGAAGCUUCCGGCGCUGCCGAUGGACGCUAAAAGUGUGGAGCCUGAAGAAAAUGAUAGCAGUGAGGUCAAAGCUGAGGUCGAAGCUGAGGUCAAAGCUGAGGUCGAAGCUGAGGUCAAAGCUGAGGUUGAAGCUGAGGUUGAAUCUGAGGUCAAAGCUGAGGUGAAGGAGGAUAGCGCUGUUGAGCAGGGCAUAGCUGGAGUCAAAAAUGCAGUCAGUUCAUUGUUCAGUACAAUCACAGGAGCCAAGUCACCGACUGAGGUGGAAGCCUCCGUCACAACGCCGUCCCCCCAGCCACCGCAGACGGAAUCUGGUCUUUCAAAGCUGCUCUCGUUCAUCCCUAAAGCCAAUACCGAGGCCACAGAAAGCUCUGGUGCCACCACAACGGAACUGCCUACCCCCCAAGCAUCACCCCAACCCGACUCGGGCUUCUCAAAGCUGCUGGCAUUUAUCCCCAGGAGCGGUGGUACCUCUCCACCAGUGGCCAUAGUUCCUCCCGCUUCUCAGGACCCAACUACAGAGAAGAACCGGCGCAGAGACGCAGGCCAGCACAGCAGCUAA